CCGGGGGCUCACGGGCUGCACCGGCCCCAGCCGCCCCCGGAGAGCGGAACGGCAACACCUGACAUCAGGCCGCCUCCCGGGCUCCUCAUCCUUUAUGGAAAACGGGGAGAACCCGGCGGGUUUGCCGCUGCGGCGUUUUCCGGGCGCUGGGAACAAAGCCGAGCCGUGCCGUGCCGAGCUGGCCGAGCGUCGCCAGGACACCGGAGGAAUUCGUCAGGACGGUGUUCCACGCUGAUCCCAGGGAUCGCUGGUGCAUCAGGCGGAGUGGUAGCAACUCAUUGGAUGGAUUUGCUUUCUGCUGUUUAGUUUCUCCUUAAAUAAAAGAGGGAGCCAUGGUGUGCAUUCCCUGCAUCGUGAUCCCUGUUCUGCUCUGGGUCUACAAGAAGUUUCUGGAGCCCUACAUCUACCCCAUGGUCGCCCCCUUCAUCAAGCGUGUCUGGCCCAAGAAAGCAGUGCAGGAGCCACCAGGCACCAAGCAGGGGCCAGGAGGCAGCACUGGGGACUCCCGGGGACCUGCAGCUGCCAAGAGAGACCAGGAGGAUGGACCUGGGGGCCAUAAAAUGGAAAGCAAUGGCAUUGUAAAUGGAAGUCCUGCAAAGGGAUCUGCUGCAGUGUAUGACAAGAAAACAGCUUGAAGGAGUUAAUUCCUGAGGAUUUUAUUUCCUCAUGUCCAGUAUGAACUGCUGAUAUUCCUCUCAAUUUGAGACUUUUUUUCUUUGCACAUUUUAGCCUAAUAAAAAACUUAAUUGCUUGCAGGAGAGUCUCUUUUGCCACUAAAAUGGCAGCUGUUUGUUUAUUUAAAAUAUUUGAAAGCUGAUGUUCUUGUAUUUUUCUCGCUGGAACUACUUUUCAUCUGCCAUCUGUUUGGUGUGAUUAGAGUUUAGGUUAAAUAACGUAAGAAUAAAUCUGUCUAUGGAAGGCAAAUGUAUCUUAUCAUCUUGAUGUCACUAAGUGCUAGUGCAGUACUUGAGGCUUUCACCUUAAAGGCUUUAUCUGUUCCUGGUGAAGAACUGUGGACUGCAUUGUGACAACAAAAGCUCAUAAUUUAUCUAUGGAGAAUUUAAAUUUUUCAUGUCAAGUGUAUGGAUGAGCUAGAGGAGUUAUGCCGCAUAGAAAAUUUACUUGGCUUACUAAAAGCAGAAAGUCUUGAUGUGAUACUUUCCUUAAUUAUUUUCCUUGAAAUAUUAUACCUUUUUUUUCCCUGAGGCAUGAUGCAAGAGAAUGUUGCUUUAUGUUCUGUUGUAGUGAUUUAUAAUGGCGAAGUUCUGGCUUUAAAAAAAAACUCAGCAUCCACUUAAAACCUCUUUACCAUGCUUGUGGAAUUUUCAUUAUAAUAAACCGGGAUUUUACUUAAAAAUAA